AUGAUUCCAGAUGACAGCCCUCAAUUGGAGGACUUUGAUCUCCUGCACUUCUGGCAGGCAAAUCAAACACGAUUCCCACUAUUUUGGAAGCUCGCCCUCGAUGUCCUCCCUGCCCAAGCCUCGUCCGUUCCGUGCGAGAGGAUUUUCUCAUCAAGCAAGGAGAUGGACACAUCCAGGCGGUCCAACCUGUCACCCCUUCACAUGGAGCAGCUGCAGAUCAUGAAGUUCAGCUAUCGGAACGACAGGUUGAACUUCACUGACCAUCUUCUCUCCUCUGAAGAGGAGCUCUCAGUCCUUGACAUGUCCGUUGAGGUUGUUGAGAGCCUCCUGGCAGGGGGGAAGAUUGAGGAGCUCAACCAGUAUGUGAACGAGUCCUGGGAAGGGUGGGGAUGGAGCAAUGAUAAUGGGAACAAGCAAGAAACGGCGUCAUGGAUCGCGUCUUUACAAUAA